AUGCCUUUCCCGUUUACCUCACCUAACCCCAAGGUUGACCUCAUGCGCACCUUUACUUUCCGCAACUCCAAGCAGACAUACACAGGAAUUCCCAUUAUAGUGGCGAACAUGGACACUGUGGGAACAUUUGAAAUGGCUGUGGUUAUGGCUAAACAUGCAAUGUUCACUGCAAUUCACAAGCAUUAUUCUCUGGAAGAAUGGAAACUGUUUGCUGCCAGUCACCCAGAAUGCCUUGAGCAUGUAGCUGUAAGCUCAGGCAGUGGAAAAGCUGAUCUGGACAAGCUAAAAAGUAUUCUAGAGGCCAUUCCACCUAUCAGAUUCAUCUGCUUGGAUGUGGCAAAUGGCUAUUCAGAGCACUUUGUGGAGUUUGUGAAGUCUGUCCGUGCCCUGUUCCCAAAUCACACCAUUAUGGCAGGCAAUGUGGUGACAGGAGAGAUGGUAGAAGAACUUAUUCUUUCUGGAGCAGAUAUUAUUAAAGUGGGUAUUGGACCAGGUUCUGUGUGCACCACUCGUGUUAAGACAGGCGUGGGCUAUCCACAGCUGAGUGCUGUUAUUGAGUGUGCAGACUCUGCACAUGGCUUGAAAGGACAUAUCAUUUCUGAUGGAGGAUGCAGCUGCCCAGGAGAUGUCGCUAAAGCAUUUGGAGCUGGUGCUGAUUUCGUCAUGCUUGGAGGAAUGUUUGCAGGCCACGACCAGUGCGCUGGAGAGAUUAUGGAAAAAAAUGGCAAGAAGGUGAAACUCUUCUACGGGAUGAGCUCUGAUACGGCCAUGAGGAAGUAUGCAGGAGGGGUUGCUGAAUACAGGGCUUCGGAGGGCAGGACUGUGGAGGUACCGUACAGAGGGGACGUGGAACUUACCAUCCUUGACAUCCUCGGAGGGCUGCGCUCCACCUGCACCUAUGUGGGAGCUGCCAAACUCAAAGAACUGAGCAGGAGAACGACUUUUAUCCGAGUCACCCAGCAGCACAGCCAGGUCUUCUCUUAGCCCGGGAUUAGAGAGAGGGUGGCGUGGGGAAAACUGCAGGAGGGGACUGCUGUUUUGUUUUGCUUUCUUCUCUGCGUUGUGUUAGUGGCAAACUCCCCUCUCUCUCCCACCAGAGCACAGCAGGUUCAUAGCUGUGAUGGCUGGGAUUUGGCAGGGGAAGGUAAUGCUAUUAACACAGUGCCAUUCGUUCAAAAUGCGAUAACCUCAUCUUUUAUUGUUGUGGCUCCUUUAUUUUUUAAUCAACAUUUCUUCACCUCUUUUUGUCCCCUCUGAUGAAUAGCUGCUGAAGCCUCAGUUAAUAAGAAAUUGGCCUGUACAGACAUGGCUGCUGCACCUACACGUACACACACAUUCCCUCUUAAAAGCUUGACCCAUCAGCUACCACUGCUCCCAGUAGCGCGCCCUCCAGAAAUUGCAGGCUGAGAGAGAAAAAGAUGCAAAGAAUUGAGUGAAGGAAUCAAAAAAAAUCAAAACCACUUUCUUCCACUUUUGCUCUGGCAAAAGGAUGGAUGGAUGUUUGUGGCAGGGCUGCCAGCCCGCAGCACGUCAGAGAGGUUGGAGGGCUGGAUGAAGGUACUGGUGACUUUUUCCUGUGAUGAUAAAAAUGCCUGAUCCCUGUCACUCUCAGUUCACAGGCCUUGUAAAGCCAUUUUUAUUUAAAUCUCCAUAUUCUAUGGACUUGCCUCUUCAGAGAAGUUGGAAUUGCACUGUAGCAAACCCAUGCUACCCCCAUCCCCAUCUAUGGAGAUCAUUCAGGUGAGACUAUUUCAGAGCCUGCCUGCUUUACGGUGCAUGCGGUUACUGAAUUAUCUGGAUUUCUGCUUUUACCUGCUUUGUGUGAAUAGGUUUUUAAGACACAGAAACUCUGCCACAGCAAACCUACCAAGGGGGUGCCUCUCUGCAGCCCUGCCUGUUCCCUUGCAAGUUGUCUGCCGUUUUUUAACCCAUUUAUAUAAAAAUGCCAUGCUAUGGUCUGUGGCCAGCUGAAUGAGGCCAAAGGGAUCAAAUCCACUUCUUAGUUACUUGGUCUUACUCUUUUGCAGUCAUUGCCAUCAGGAGAAAAAAAAAGAGAGCUUUCAGCAGAAUAGCUAGAGGCCUGGUUGCAAGAUGCUGCUAGGCUGAGAUGGAGUUUUGCUCGUUUGCUCUGAAGGCAAUAAUGAACGUUUAAGACUCUGGGUAACACUUUGAAUAAAGUGUAAUGGCCCACUAAUUAAUUGAUAAAUCACAACUAAAUUUAUUUGGAAAUACACAUUGCAUCCACAUGAAUACCACCGUAGCUCAUUAUGAUAAAUGAUGUAGUGAACACCGAUGAAUUAAUAAUGCUUGGCCACUUUGAAGUGCUGCUACUGAGAUCACAGUACAGCUGCUGUUACUUCAGUGACUUCAGAGUCUUACUUUCCCCUCCUUUAGGCAUCUGUGGAAAGAGGUAGGUUUCCUCUGAGCAAGCAAAGCAGUGAUCUGAGGAACAGGAAUGACAAAGAGAACCACUAGAAUUAAGCUUGUAUGCUGAACUGCUCAAAAAGACACGCACAAGGGUUGGUACAAUUGACCGUGCUAAGGAACAAAUCUAGGCCACAGGCUGAUCCCUGCUGAUUUUUAAACGUGCUCUGCACAUUAGAAAUAGCACAGAAGAUCUUCUACAUGGCCCACUAGUUUAGAUGGUUUCCAUUAAACAUUUAGGACAUAAAUCUCUGUUGGGGUAUGGCCCUUUCCUCUGCUUUGGAGGUGAAUAAGGGCCUUCAAGGUAGUAUAGGUUAUGCUUUUGCUGACAAUGAUGUGGUCCAUUUGUCCUGCCCAAAUGUCAUAAGGAUACUGAAUGUAGAACAGAAGCGGACCCUGUGAAUAAAGGAUCUGAUCUCUAUCCUCGGCAGCCUGAAAGCGUAACAUAAAAAAGAUGCCUGGCUGCUUUACUACAAACCCUACUAUGGGUGAAAUGUUGCUCUUACCUGCACCAAACCCAGAGUACAGUCCAGUGUUACUGUGCAUCAAUAUGGCUAUAGGAGGAGAUCAUAGUUCCUUUAUUUGCAUGAUAUGAAGGGUAGAGGUACAAGGGAAAAUGAGCAUCUCCAUAGACUGUCAUGUUGCAGGCCUGACCACAGGUGUGUCUCCACACUCGUGCCUUCAUACGUGAGAAGUGCAGCUGUCACUGGUCUCACAAUUACCGUCGCUAUUGCUUUUCUACUUUUUUUA